AUGCUUAAGUUAUUAAUUGUUCCAUCUCUUUUAUUUAUCUGUGUUUUAUCACAAACAUCUCAAAUGGAUCGUCCAGAAUUAGUGAAGAGUCCAAUUACAAAAAAGUUAGUCAAAUUAGCAAUCAAUAGCUUAGAAGGAGAACAAAAACUACAUUUGACAAAUCCUGAAGUUAUGAGUGUACGAACAAUGAUUAUUCGCCCCGGCGUAUCAUGGAAUAUUGAAUUUCUAGCGGAACCAUUAACAACCCAUCAUCAAGUUAUAUGUUCAGCCUCAUUUAAUGAAAUGAUUCCACCUGUCAAUGGCCAAGAAUAUUAUCUUUUGGGAGCAAAAUGUCGAGAUUUGGUUGUAUUACCGUAG